AUGAACUUCACUUUAUGUAUAUUAUUUAUCUUUUCUGUAUAUUUCUUUUUUUUUAUAAACAAAUUUUCUGGAGCAAAUUUCACCUCAGUGAAACCUAUAUUUAAUAAAAUUAUGAUUGAGGAAAAUAAUUGGAAAAAUAAUAAAGAUAAUAAUGUGUGUAGCAACAAACUAAUAUUAAAGAUAAUUAGAAGUGAAAUAGGAUAUAAUGAAUUUCCUUCAAAAAGUUUACUGAUGACUUCAAGAUUAAAUAAUAUAAAAAGACUUUUUGAUGAUUUCUCUAAAGAUAAAAAUUUAUCAAAAAUGAUAGAGGAUUGCGGAAAUUAUGUUUACUUAAAGUAUGUCAAAACAAUUAUAUUUAAUCUUAAUGAAAAUGUUCAAAUAUUAAAUUUAAAAAAAUUUUUACAAUUGCUUAUAAAUAAAGAUGUAUGUAUAGAAUUUAAUAGUGAUGUAGUACAAUUUGUAGAUUAA